AUGGCCGACGUCAGCCCUGUCGCCGAGCUUCUUGGACAAGCCCUCUACCACUUCGACCGUCUGAGGCCACUUCUUCCAACUUACGGACACCUACUUGUUUCCGCUCUAUUUCCAAUUUGGAUUGGUGCACAUGCAUCUUUGACAAGACCUUCCUCCGCUACUAAACCUCCGAAGAAAAAAGCCGGCAAGGAUAAAGACGAAUAUGACACGGAUGGUGAAGAGGGACAUGGCCCUUUGCAGAAGAUGGAGGGGCUUGAGCCAUCAGAUGCCCUGAUAUUCCCAUUGACUGCGGGACUCACGCUCGGUGGUUUAUACUUGGUGAUCAAAUGGCUGGAAGAUCCAGCCAUCUUGAACAAGAUCCUUAGUUUCUACUUCUCUCAGAUGGGACUCUUCUUUGCUUUUGCAUUCCUGAAGGAUGUGCUAUUGAUGAUUCGUUCAUUUGUGUUUCCUAGGUAUUAUCGUCAAGGUGGACAAUUAUGGAAAGCGAAACAGUCCGAACACCUUUUCAUGGCGUCCGAGGAUCAUCCAGCCAAGCCACAUUCCAUCCGGCAUUCACCUCUUCCUGGGAUUUUGGGCCGAGUGCCACUUCCAGGUAUGGUACUAGGGCUGCUUUGGAAGUGCCGAAAUGUCUCUUACCAGCGUCUCAAGGUGCGAGCUCAUAUACGUGGCUUAUUUGACUUCAAAUGCCUCGUUGGUCUCCUUGAUAUCAUCAGCGGAAUCUUUGCAUUGUCUGCUGUAGGAUACUUUGCAUUCGUGGCGAACCCAUGGUGGUUGACCAACUUCCUCGGUUUCUGCUUCUGCUAUGGCACCCUGCAAUUCAUGUCUCCCUCCACGUUCUGGACAGGAACACUCAUUUUGGGAUCCUUAUUUUUCUAUGAUAUCUACUUUGUCUUCUUCACACCGUUGAUGGUCACUGUUGCAACUAAGUUGGAUGUACCGAUCAAGCUCCUGUUUCCUCGCCCGCCCACCUCUCGCGAUGCUCCUGGCUCCGUGCCAUUGGCUAUGCUUGGACUGGGUGACAUUGUCAUUCCGGGAAUGAUGAUUGGGCUGGCACUUCGAUUCGAUCUAUUCCUAUAUUACCAGCGGAAAGGUGCUCAAACGCCACGUCCCGAAGGGUCAGACCAAGCAACUGUCAAGCCUGAGUAUCAGUCGGCAACCGGCGCUUGGGGAGAGCGGUUCUGGGCGCCAUCAGUCAAGCCACUCCAGCUGGAACUUCAGCCUCCAUACCAUGAUGCCCGGCGUUUCCCAAAGAUCUACUUCAAAGCUAGUAUAUUCGGUUAUGUUGUUGGGAUGGUUACUACCCUCCUUGCCAUGCAAUAUUCGAAUCAUGCCCAGCCAGCUCUUCUUUAUCUGGUACCGGGCGUUUUGACAUCACUUUGGGGUACUGCACUUAUUCGAGGUGAGAUUGACACAAUGUGGGACUUCUCUGAUGCCGAGGAGGUGGAAAUUGAAGAGGAAAAGAAGGAAGAUGAAGCCGAGGACAAGCCUUCUCCUCAAGACCGGAAGAGCCUCUUUAUGCGCAUCUUCUCUGGUGAUUACAUGCGUGCAACAAAAGACGAGAACACAACACUGGCCAAGAAACCCAAAGAAGAGAAAAUCGAUGACUCAAAAUCCAAAACGAAAUCAUCCGAAGAAGGCGGUCGUGAUGCCAAGACGAAGAAGCCCAAAAAGGACCGUGACAGUUCGGACCUGAUCUCCUUCUCCGUAUCAAUUCCUCGCAAGUCCAGACCUGAAACCCAGGCUAGUUUGCCGACAACUUCUACAGAAGAAGAGGACGGAGAGAUGUCUGUUUGCAGGGAUGUCAAUGGGGACGACGAACCGCCGUUAAAGAGAAGGCGACGCAGCAUGAUGAACAAGAAAUCAGCAAACUAG